GCAGCCGUUUGCCAGUCUGGUUUGCUGAGCUCUGUUUUCACGCGGCAUUACCGAGGAACUCCGGAGAGAAGUCAUACGUGUCGAAAGAGAGGGGAAAAAAACAGCCGUGCGAUCUAGUGUAAUCCCAAUGGAGAAAUUUCCAGUUCAAAUGAUCAAUCUCAACACUCCCAAUGGUAGCAAUGAUGUCGCCCUAUUGGACGGAGGAUAUCAAAAUACCGAGCCCAAACAGCUGAACAUUGCGACCCCGUUGAUUUUAGCCUUCAUCUGUGUGGUCGGCUUUGCUGGAAAUGUCCUGGUUAUUGCAGUUUUGAUCAACAAAACAAGGAAGGGUCGAACUUCGAUGAUAAAUUCGUUGAUACUCAACUUGAGCGCGGCUGACCUCCUGAUUAUGGCGUUUUGUGUCCCCUUCAGGGCCGUGGCUUACUCCAGGCCGGUCUGGACUCUCGGCUGGUUUACAUGCAAAACGGUGGAUUGGUUCUUGCAGAGCUGCAUGGCCGCCAAAAGUUUCACCUUAGCCACGCUGGCCAAAGCUUGUUUCAUGUACGUUUCACACCCGUCCAAGCAAGUCCAAAUCAGGCACCAGAAAGUCGCCGUGCUCAUUGUGUGUAUCUGGGCGCUGGCGUUUAUCCUCUCCGCGCCUCACUGGAUCACCGCGAGUGUCAGCAGUGAAUCGAAGAAGCCGAUGUGUGUUCUUGACUGGCCGCAACGCGCAUCCAAAUUCCUGGCUGUAUUUGCAAAGUUGUACCCCGCGUUGGUUUACUGCCUUCCUGUGAUGUGUACUUUCGCUUAUCACUGGAAGGCUUUCUGGAGAUGCAAGCGCAGAGGAGCUAAAAACCAGAACCUGCGGAAUCAGAUUCGAGGGAAGCGACUGAACGACAUGCUUUUCGGAGUCAGCCUGGCCUUCGCCACCAUGUGCGCUCCAGAAUGGGUGGUGUGGUUGUGGAUUCGCCACAUCCACAAGGACGACCCUUCGCCACCUGCAGCUUUCGUCCUGUUCUCUCAAGUCCUAGUGUUCAGCAUCUCUUCGGUCAAUCCGCUCAUCUUCGUGGUGAGGUCUGAAGAGUUUAAAGAAGGGUUCAUGGGCGUUUGGAAAAGGCUGAUCUCCAGCAAGCCGCGAACGUCCCCCAGUCUCUCGGGUGCACAGCCCGAGCCGCCCAGAUCAGAGAGUCUCCCGACCAACCAGUAUCAGCAAGAGAAAGCGGUCCAAGUCCCAGACAGCGAUAUCGCCCAAGAAAACGUGGAGAGCCCCACAAAUAAAACGGACAACAUCGUCCUGUCCGAUAUGGAACAAUUUUGGGAGGAGAGACACAAGGCGGUCGCCAGUGUCGAAGAAGACCCGAUUCCCUGGGAACAUCAGAGUGGAUCAGAUGCACCGUGCCCCGACACCGGCAACAAGAAGUGAAGGGGUAGGAUGGUCAGCAGCAGUUUGGGCAACUGGGGUAGAAUUAAAGUCAUGCCUUUCCUACCAGGAGUCCAAGUCUUCUUGCAGAAAUACCCUCCAUUGACAAUCUAAAACAACUAGUAUUGAAAUGAAUUGGGGGGAAUGGGUUUGGCGGGUCAGAUUGUUGCUGUGAUUUAUAAUUUAUUUCAAGAAAAAAACACAAACACUUGGUCUGCGGGUGAAGCUGUUCUCUGAUGCAGGGAUUCAUCCAACUACAGCAUAUCACCACAACCCCGAGUGAAGCAUUUAAAGCGGAUCGGCCGUGUAAUAUUGAAUGGCAAAACGGCCUCCAGAGCGAGUACCCAUCCCUGUAUAGUUGACAUAAGAAAAUAGGAUUUACGUAAGGGUCUUGUGUUGAUCGUGACCACCUGUAUUGUCUAUGCUGUACACUUGCAUAAUUAUUUUACCCACCUUAGUCUUCAAAUGGAUUAUAAACGCCUCAGGCUUCUUGCGGCUGCUUUUCAACUGGAUUUGGACGCUUUAAUGUUACGAAGUUACCCGCUACACGAGAUACUGCGUGUGACUGUUAAAUGUCUAGCUACGGUUCAUGUGAGCAAAAGGCUAACGUGGUGGGUACUACUCGAUGUAUUCUGUUUUUAGAGACCUGCCUUUUUUUUCUAUUGGAGCUGUUAAUGAUAAAUAUAACAUCAGUUUGUAUGUUAGCAGUGCCUGGAACGUAUUGAUCUUGGAACUUUGCUGCAACGUCUUCAUCUUCAUAGACCUUGUGCGUCUGUUGACUCAACGCCAAUUACAUAGUUCAACUUAAAUUCCGUUUGACCGCGUAAUUCCCCCCCCCCCCCAAUAUUGUAACGGAUGACGGUUUGUUAAAACGCAAUAUUGUUGAAUAUGAAGCAUUCAAUGUUUAAAUUGUAGCUGUUUUGCCUCGCUCUAUGUAUAAAGUGAUGUAGUGUCAGACAUUACUUGUUGCUACUUGGGCACAGAAUAAAUAGUUCCAUACAGUUUUGUGUACGAGUAAAUUGCCUGCUGAAAAAUCCAUACAUUCACACUGCUCAAACGUCUUAGGCAAAUGUUUUAAGAUCUAUUGCCCCAAGGCCCCAUAAUUGUGCACAGGCGGUCAUCACAAAAAUGCUUACAGAAACGCGAUUGAAUAGGAGAUGUGAACUGCGGACCUGAUUCUGGCCCUUCCGAAUAAUUCACAUUUCUAAACAGUGAUCCACGACAAUUCGGCUAAUAUGUAUCAGACUCGGUGAAAUGAGCUCACAUUUCACGUUUGACAAGCAUCCCAAUCCAUUUGGAGAGGCCAUUCAAAGGUGAAAAGAUCACUUGCAAAGCAGUCGCGUACGUGGCAGUAUUUUACAAGAUGGAAAUGCACCAGCAGGAUGUAAACACGGUGUCAAUCUGUAGGAGCCGCUGAUUGUGAGAAAUGUUAAGACGGAGUGUUGGGGACCCACCCCUCCCCCAAACAGAUUAAUAAUCAAAAAACGGCGAACGUGUCUAUAAAUUUCAUGAAAUAAUUCUUCGUUUCAAUCAAGAAAGAACUGCUGCCAAUUAAGGCAUUAAAAAAAAUAGCAGAGUAUGUCUGAUACUAAUCAUGUGGGUAUAGCAAAAACAAUACAAAUGGUUGAUAAUUUCACUUGUGGAACGGGCAGGUGGCAAUAUUGACCAUUUAAAAAAAAAAAUCACAUUAAAUCUUGCAAAAAGAUCAUAAUGUUUCUAAGAAUUAAUAACCCAGUUCUAAUUAGCUGAGCACAACGUGGGUGCAAACGGUUCAGUCUUAUCACUUUGUGGCAGUUAUCAGCAACUUUAUUCCUUUAAAAGUAUUUCUCCUGAUUUGUCUCAGAGGGUUUGGGUAAUGUUCACAGUGCAAGCAUCCACGGCUUUCACUCCGCACAAUCAAGGAUAACACUGAACACCCAUCCAUGUCAUCCGCUCCCAAAGAAAAAUUAAACAGCUGGAAAUUAAGCUGGUCUCCAGAUAAAACACAGAUGCAGCUAAAUAUAAAUAUACUGAGGUCAGCUUUGGGAGGCAUACAAGGACCCCCAUGGCAUCUACAGCGUUGAUUUAUUUCAAUAUGUCAUUGUCCACAGGGCCAAGAUACUAUAAGAGCAGCCAUACACACACACAGAAACAGGCUCUUCAACCACCUUUUCCACAAGUAGUUCUUAUCCAAUUCCCAAGUUAGGAUUUUUCAUUAGCCAGUGAGCAAAGUAAAAUUCCUUGGCUGAAGAAUCUAUGCUGUAGCUUCGGAAGUCCCAUUAACAGUUUUAUCCCACACUGCCUAUAACAUUGCUGGUUAUAUGAGCAAGACUUGGGUCCUGGGGACUUCAGGUGCUGCAAUUGUCAGCAUGCAAUGACAAAUGGGCACUCAGGUUCAGAGUCAAUGGCUACUUAUUUCUUUAGGUUGAGCAUGCC